GCAGGCUUUUGUGUUUGUUUUACUUUUUUGGCACGCCUGCAGCCAAGUUGGGGAGGGUUUCCUGGACAGAAGUCCUCUGGCUGCUGCCUUAAGACGAGCAGCCUGGGCUGUGGCUGUCACUGCGUUCGGUCCCAGACCCACUGCAGCCCACGCAGCAGCAUGGAGCUCUGGGGGGCCUACCUGCUACUCUGCCUCUUCUCCCUCCUGACCCAGGUCACCGCCGAGCCACAAAUCCAGAAGGACAAGAAGGCUGCAAAUGCCAAGAAAGAUGUUGUGAGUCCGAAGAUGUUUGAGGAGAUCAAGAGCCGUCUGGACAGCCUGGCCCAGGAGGUGGCCCUGCUGAAGGAGCAGCAGGCCCUGCAGACGGUCUGCCUGAAGGGGACCAAGGUGCACAUGAAAUGCUUUCUGGCCUUCACCCAGGCAAAGACCUUCCACGAGGCCAGUGAGGACUGCAUCUCGCGUGGGGGCACCCUGGGCACCCCGCAGACGGGCUCGGAGAACGACGCCCUGUACGAGUACCUGCGCCAGAGCAUGGGCAACGAGGCCGAGGUGUGGCUAGGCUUCAACGAUAUGGCGUCCGAGGGCUCCUGGGUGGACAUGACCGGCGCCCGCAUCACCUACAAGAACUGGGAGACCGAGAUCACCGCGCAGCCCGACGGCGGCAAGACGGAGAACUGCGCAGCGCUGUCUGGAGCCGCCAACGGCAAGUGGUUGGACAAGGGCUGCCGCGACCAGCUUUCCUACAUCUGCCAGUUCUCGAUCGUGUAGCCCGCGGGGUGAGGGCAGGGGGGCCUGGAGGAGGGCGGGGCCCGGGAGGCCGGGAGGCGGGGUGGUGACUCCGUGCGCUUGGAGGCUCUUUUUGCAAAUAAAGUGGGUGCAGCUUAGCGGAGAGGA